AACCAAGCAAUGAAUGUCGUAAAGACAAAAUUUUCACUUCUUUCCUACCUCACAUCACCAAACCAACAAAAGAAAUCUCUGAAAAUUAUCUCAGAAUCCCUAAAAUUCACUUUGAAAAAAUGGCAGAAACCGCCGAAACAAUCAACACGACCGUCUCGCAUCCGCAGCCUGAAUCAGAAGACUCCACCACAUUGUCCGCCACGGCGGAUCAGACAUCGGAUGAAACCUCAAAAGCCGCAGAUCUGAAGAAGGAAGAAUCAGUCGCAGAGACGAAGCCAGGAUCCAUCUCGCUCCGCAUUUGGCCGCCGACGCAGAAAACUCGCGACGCCGUCUUGAACCGCCUGAUCGAGACGCUAUCCACCGAGUCCAUCCUCUCCAAGAGAUACGGAACGCUCAACUCCGACGAAGCUUCCGCCGUCGCGAAAUCCAUCGAGGAGGAAGCGUACGGCGUCGCAUCGAGCGCUGUGUCCGACGAUGACGAUGGGAUCAAGAUCCUUGAGGUUUAUUCCAAGGAGAUUAGUAAAAGGAUGCUUGAGACGGUGAAAGAUCGAUCUGCAGCCACCGCCGGAAACGGAAACAACGAAGCGGUGGAGGAUGCGACGGACGCUACGAAAGAGUGAGGCUUGAGUUCUGGCUCACUCUUGUCUGAUUCCGUUAUCUAUUAGUGUUUGCUUUGAUUUUGCCAGAUUCAUAUGGGUUCUCUGAAUUUAUGACGAGAUCUGUUAUUGUAAUGACUUGUGUGUGGAUUUUGGUAUUUGCUUGUCUGAAGAUGCUUCCUUCUUCCUAA